AUGGCUACAAGUCCCAAAAAGAAAUCUCGCAGACAUUUUUUACAAAAAAGAUAUUAUCCUCAGAUAAUUGAUCUAUAUGGCUUGCCAAGAGCAUAUAGCACACGAUCCGUGGAAAGAGCCAUUGGUGAGUACUCCAGGUCUAUCAAGAGUAACUCCCAACAUGUAGCAGAACUGACAACCGUUGCAAACACAAAAACUCUACCAGCUAACCUUCUAGUUUACAGUGAAUAUACCAAUGGGUGGCCUGUUACAGAAGGAGGUAAUCCUGCCAAUGCUGAGUGUGAGAUUGAGUUCUGGGGACCUUUGAAGAAUUUAACAAUUUUUGAUAGCUUUGAAGAUAGAUCUCAUCUUUCAUUGCUUCUUAAAACGUUUUAUGAUUUGAAGGGGGAAGAAUGCAGUAUGCUUGAGCCUUCCAUAAAGACAAGCCGCAAGGCCUAUCUUAAUGGUUGUGUUAUUGAUGCUGCAUUCAACCAAAGUUCUACAAGAGAGGCAUGUCAUGUUCAUGUGCAGCUACAAGUGGACAUGAACUCCAGAAGAUCCUACUCUUACCAUCCAGGAUAUAAGCAUUUCUUCGGAAAGGUGUGUGCAUUUGAAAAAUGGAUUGCCUAUUACAUCUGUAUGAUUCAUGCCAGUGACAUUGUAGAGUUGGUUGGCUUGGUGCCAUCAAAUGUCAAUGGUAGUCAUUACAUCAUUUGGUCUAGCCUUAAACGUGGCCCAAAAUUGGCACUUGGUGCCUUAAGUGAUAUAUAA